AUACAAGAUUACUAUAUUUCCAUUUGUGUAUCUGGUAAAUUUGUCAGAAAAAAGGCAAAAAUAUAGUUUUUUAUUUGCAAACAUGAAUCAUAAAGGCAAAUUAUUAUGUCACACUUGAAAAAUCUCACUAAUAAACUUUAAUAUAAGUCAAAAGUAUUCAAAUAAAGUGUUUAUUUAGAGCCAUCGCACCUGACCAAUCAGCGACGUUCAGGUCGCUAAGCCCCGCCCAUUCGCGUGUCGUAAUGUUGUGAUUGCGGAAGUGGUCCUGCAGGAUUAUCGCAACGUGAAUUUGCUGUAAGCGAAAUUUCAUUGAGAAGUUGAAUUAGUUAUAUUAUUUCAAAAUAAUCAUUCCGCGAUGGCAGCUCUUAAAUACGCUGGAAUGGACGAUACAGACAGUGAAGACGAGCUUCCUCCCGGCUGGGAAGAGAGAUCCACGACAGACGGAUGGGUUUAUUAUGCCAACCAUGAGGAAAUGAAGACCCAAUGGGAGCAUCCCAAAACUGGGAAGAAGAAGCGCUGUGCUGGAGCUUUGCCAUAUGGAUGGGAGCAAGAGACCGAUGAUAAAGGCCAAAUCAUCUAUGUGGAUCACAUCAACAAGCGCAGAACGUAUUUCGACCCGCGGCAGGCCUUCACCGUGGAGGACAUGCAGAUGAAGCCCAAGCGCUACGACGGGAACACCACGGCUCUGGAGGUGCUGCACGGGCGCGACCUGUCCGACAGGGUGGUGCUGAUCACAGGGGCCAACAGUGGCAUCGGUUUUGAGACCGCCCGAUCUUUCGCUCUUCAUGGCGCCCAUGUGAUCUUAGCGUGCCGAAACCAAAGUCGUGCCAGUAAAGCAGCGAGUCUGAUCACAGAAGAAUGGAGCAAAGCUCGUGUUGAAGCCAUGACGCUGGAUUUGGCUUCCUUGAGGAGUGUCCGAGAGUUUGCCGAGGCCUUCAAAGCCAGGAAACUGCCAUUGCACAUCCUGGUGUGUAAUGCAGCCGUCUCCACGCAGCCCUGGAGUUUAACGGAGGACGGACUGGAGUCCACCUUUCAGAUCUGCCAUCUUGGUCAUUUCCACUUGGUCCAGCUCCUGCAGGACGUCCUGCGGCACUCCACUCCUGCUCGGGUGGUAGUUGUUUCCUCGGAGUCUCACAGGUUCACUGAUCUGGUGGACACGUGUGGAAAGGUGGACCUUAACCUGCUUUCACCUCCGCAGAAGGAGUACUGGUCAAUGCUGGCCUACAACCGUGCCAAACUCUGCAACAUCCUCUUCUCCAACGAGCUGCACCGCCGCAUGUCUCCCUUCGGCAUCACCUGUAACGCACUGCAUCCUGGGAAUAUGAUGUAUACUUCCAUCCACCGCAGCUGGUGGCUCAUGACCCUGCUCUUCACCUUUGCACGACCCUUCACCAAGUCUAUGCAACAGGGAGCGGCCACUACAGUCUACUGCGCCGUGGCUCCAGAGCUGGAGGGUAUCGGAGGGAUGUACUUCAACAACUGCUUCCGCUGCUUGCCCUCUCCGCAGGCCCAGGACAACACAGCUGCCCUAAGCCUGUGGGAACUCAGCGAGAGGCUCAUCCAGGAGAGAUCCACCCCCCCGUCGGGUGCCCUGACCCUGUGAUCCCCACAGGGUCGCCUACGUGAACGUCACGGCUAUGUAGAGGAUUCAGGCAAAGGGGAUAAUCAUUGUUUGAAGGGGCAAAAACGAUGAGAAGAUGCAAUUCUAAACUGUACAAGGACAUUGGCAAUCAAGCUUGGAAGUUAUCUGAGAAUCAGAACCUAGAACCACACGGGCUGGGACUUCUACAGCAGAUAAAGAGAUGCAGAGAGACAGCGAGAGAUUCAAUUCAAUUGUGUUUCUCUCGUUCUCAAAGGCGUAGUCACUCAAUCCUGCAUUAGGCUUUAACUAGGUCUAGAUCACUCUAUAAAUGUCUCCUUAACAAGCAAUAACAUUUGAAUUGUCUUUAGAGGGGUCUAUAUGGUUUAAAUGGAUGUUUACGGCAUACAAAUACUCAUCUGUUUGGAGAUCAAUGUCAACCUUUGCGUCUGUACAGAUAAAAAUGUUGAAUAAAUGUUGUAAAUGCUUAACCUACAAAGACAUAAUGCAGGAAAUGUACAAUUUGCGAACUAUUUACAAACAUGGUGUCUUCACAUUGCUAAGAAUAAGCCUGUAUUGAUAUCCUGUACACAAUAUACACAAGCUGCUGUUCUGAAAGAA